CACUCCGUGCUAAACUAUGCCGGCGAUUCCUAACCCUUCCGUCCUUAUCCACAGCCGCUUCCACCACCACCACCGGCUGGCCACCGUGUUCCGCUCUCUCCACGGUCACCUCAACCUCUCACCCUUUUCCCUUUCUGGCCGUACUUUCAGACCUCACUCCACUUCUCCAUCUUCAUCCUCAUUAUCUGUAGAGUCUUCCGCAGAAUCGCCUACGCAGAACACCCGGUCCGGAAGGUCUGGUUCUAUUGCUUCCCCUCCGGUUCAUCUCGAUGUCUUGCAGAAAAUCGACGUCAAUCCUCCUAAAGGCACCCGAGACUUCCCCCCUGAGGACAUGCGUCUUCGUACUUGGCUCUUUCAGAACUUCAGAGAGGUUUCACAAUCAUUCGGGUUUGAAGAGGUGGAUUUUCCUGUGCUAGAGUCAGAGGCUCUAUUUAUUCGGAAGGCUGGGGAGGAAAUCAGAGACCAGCUUUAUUGUUUUGAGGAUAGAGGAAACCGUAGAGUUGCAUUGAGGCCUGAACUUACUCCUUCAUUGGCAAGACUUGUAAUACAAAAAGGAAAAUCUGUACCCCUUCCCUUAAAAUGGUUUGCCAUUGGACAAUGCUGGCGGUAUGAGAGAAUGACCAGGGGACGACGCCGUGAACAUUACCAGUGGAACAUGGAUAUUAUUGGUGUACCUGACAAUACAGCUGAAGCAGAGCUGAUUGCCUCAAUCGUUUGCUUUUUCAAGCGUAUUGGCAUUACAGCAGCUGAUGUUGGAUUUAAGGUCUCUAGUCGCAAGGUUUUGCAAGAAGUAUUGUAUCACUACUCUGUUCCAGAAAACAUGUUCAGUAGGGUAUUCAUUGUCAUAGACAAGCUAGAGAAGAUUCCAAUUGAUGAAAUUAAGAAAGAACUUAAAUCUGCUGGGUUGUCUGAUGUGGCUAUUGAAGAACUAUUGCAAAUCCUCUCUGUGAAGUCUUUGGCAAAGUUGGAAGAGAAACUUGGAGCUGCUGGGCAAGCACUUAGUGAUUUGAAGCAACUAUUUUCACUUGCUGAACAGUAUGGUUAUUCUGAAUGGAUUCAAUUUGAUGCAUCAGUUGUUCGUGGUCUAGCAUAUUAUACUGGAAUUGUAUUUGAGGGAUUUGAUCGAGAAGGAAAGUUACGAGCCAUUUGUGGUGGUGGACGAUAUGAUAGAUUACUCUCUACUUUUGGAGGAGAUGAUCUUCCAGCUUGUGGCUUUGGAUUUGGUGAUGCUGUCAUAGUAGAACUGCUUAAGGAGAAGGGACUCAUACCAAAACUUAGUCAGCAAGUAGAAUACAUAGUGUGCUCACUGGACCGGGACCUUCAAGGUGCAGCAUCUUCUGUUGCAGCCAAACUCCGGGAGAAAGGCCAAAGUGUUGACCUGGUCUUGGAGAACAAACCACUGAAAUGGGUGUUCAAACGAGCAGCGCGAAUAAAUGCACGCAAGCUGAUAUUAGUUGGGAGUGCCGAGUGGCAAAAGGGUAUGGUUGGUGUAAAAAUUCUGUCAACCGGCGAGCAAUAUGAGGUCAAAGUGAAUGAGCUAUAGCAACGAAAGGAUGUAAAGUGAGUACUAGUAACUUUUUUUUUAUGGUUAACUGGAUUGUUAUUUUUUCCUGUGUUACUUUUUUUUACAGUAGACACUAUCUUUGUCUAGUCAUUUAUCCACACGCUUGUUUUCAACUUACUUUUCCAAGUUCCAAUUGCACUUUGUUUUCCAACUAUAAUAAUAUCAGUUCUAGAUUUAGUUCAUA